CUCACUCUCUGUGACGGAAAGCACCCGAGUACAACACGAACUUACUACGAUUACCCACCGAUCAGCCCACCGAUACUAACAAACAAAAUGGCGGUGGACGGUCCAAGACCAGCUGAAUCUCUACGACAUUUAGCCUGUUCUUUGGCUGCUUUAGAUCCAGCACCUUGGGAAAAGGUUAAGAAGCUGAGUCGAUUGUGUCCUGCAAAUCCGUCAUCACCAAGUGAUGUGUUUAUCCUUGAUCAACGUGGUACUGACGGUAUUCUGGCACUGGGUUUGUUCGAACUUCAUUCUAAUUUGCAGUACAAGGAAAAGAUUAUACCUUACUUGGUAGAUGUACUGAAGGGCCUUCCAAAUGCCAAAUGGUUGGAGGCUAGGGAACCUGUUUCUUUAACAAAGAGUCCUCUGGCUGGUGAAUUUGCAUUUUGUUUUGUGACUCUUAUGAGCGGAUUAGCGGCUAAAGAUAAUACCUUGGAUGGGGACAUCAUCAAAAUGCAACUCAGUUUGUUCAACACCUUAGUUGACCAGUGUUGUGCUUAUCCAGAGCUCAUAGAGCACAAAAGAGUGAAUUUCUGUCGUACAACAGUCCCUCUUCUUCUUGGUGUGGCACAAGCGCUUGGUGUAUCAAGUGUGUACGUGUCCGACCCCUCCCUGAUCACACAAUUACUGUUUCCUAACCACUCUGGUCAAGCCACACCCAAGGAACCUCAGUUACCCAGGGCAUUAAGUCGAUCUGCCCCAAGACGAUUCUUGAGUUUUCCUCAAGGCAAGAGAGAUGAUAGUUACCAUUUGUCUGAUGAACAGUUGAAUAACCUUAUCACUAAGGUUGAGCAAUUGAUUAGUCCCCAAAUUCUUCAAGGUCUAGACAAUGUCUUGUCAGACUGCCUACAGGCUGGAGCAUUACUGAACAAAUUUCCAUUCCAGUCAUUCAGUGAAGCUAUAAUGUUAUCCAUGGUGACAUUAUUGAGAGAUCUCUGUCAGAAUACUCCAGGUAUUUCUGUGAGUGUUGCAGCAAGAGCCCAUGAAGUUGGAAAGGUGGUUUUCACAACAGUGAAAGCAGAAUUUCAAAAGAAGUCUGAGAAUACUGCAGUGUCAUUGCCAUGGAAACUUCAAACUGUUUCGGCCAGCAUCGAUUUAAUGGUGUGGACAGCAGCUUUGCAAGAGGAGCAAGAUGGUGACACACUUUGCCAAAAUAUUUCAGAGUUCUUGUGCUCCAAUUUAGCAGUUUCCUUGGCCCAGAAAGGCAGUUGUCUCUUCAUAUUAUGCUGUUUAGAAGGCCUUGCUACACUGGCAGAGAAAAUACCAUCACUAACAAGGCCUGUGCUCAACUCUCUGAAAGAUUUUCUCCUUCAGCCUGCUCCUCUGCUUGUUAAGUUGUCUGAAAUCGCCGAGAAGCCGACAGCAGCAAACAUUGUGAUGACAGUGUCAUCAGAAACCAGUGUCAGUUGUCUCACAGUCGGUCAGUCAUCUGGCUGGAAGAAAGACGCAGAAGAUUCUCCUUAUCACAAAGUUAGAAGGGUUGCACUGGACAGUAUAUGCAGGGCUCUCAAAUCAGGGCAAGCCAUUGAUGAGAACUGUGUCCAAGCAUUUCUGGCAUCUGUAGCCAACAGACUCUACAUAUCAGAAAGCAGUGAUGGCAAUUCUACUCUGAUAUCAACUAGUGCCAUCCUUACAUUGGGCUAUGUGGCUUUCAUGCUUCACUCAGUACCAAAGACAACAGAGUCCGUUCUCGCAAUCCUUCAGCAGAGAUUCUGCCAUCCUCCGUCACCUCUCGACCCUCUGAUUGUGGAACAACUGGGUUAUCUGAUUCUCAAUGGAUCGGAACAGUGUUAUCAACAGGUCAUGGGCAUGUUUAUGAAGAUCACCGUGGAUGCAGGUUCAAUGGCUUACUCGCCUGAACCAUCCAUUAAUGACAAAACAGAAGGUUAUAGGCACUGUGGCCUUGCCGUAAUCAAUGCCUAUUCUAAUGUGGCUGCAAAUCUUCAAGGGGAAGUGCAGUUGCAAGACUACUUAGUGAGGCUUCUGGAGCUGUUUGUGCAGCUGGGAUUAGAGAGCAAGAGAGUCAGUGAAAAGGCUCCUGCUGCAUUUAAGGCUUCAUCAAGUGCUGGAAACCUUGGUGUGCUUAUCCCUGUUAUAUCGAUUGUGAUGCAGCGUCUUCCAGUGAUCAGCGACCCCAAGCCACGCCUUCACAAGCUGUUCCGAGACUUCUGGCUGUACUGUGUUGUGAUGGGUUUUGGAGUAGAGGGUUCUGGUAUUUGGCCUUAUGAGUGGUACGAGGGAGUGUGCCAGAUUGCCUCAAAGUCUCCUUUACUGCUUGGAACAGGUCAUCUAAGAUCAGAACUGAUGUACAACUCAGCACUGCGGAAUGACUCUGUAGCUCCAGCUGAAUUGAAUGAAGUCCGCACAAGUCUUUUGGAGACUUUAGGAAAUCCAGCUGAGAUCGUCACACUGGUCAAUAAAUUAAAUUUUGGACAGUGCACUUACUUGCUGUCAGUGUACCGACUGGAAUCUCUCAGGGUUUCCUCGGAUCCUGGAAAAUUUUAUUCCAUCUUUGACUACUUAGAAGACAAGGCUAUUGAAAAGGAUAAAGCUGGAAUCUGGCAGUGUAUAUCGGCGGUUGGGGAUAAAGUUUUCUCAGUGUUUCUGGGUGUGAUGUCCAAUAAGCCAAGAACAACAGACAGAGAGACAGAACUGGAGCGACAUGCACAGUUUUUGCUGGUCAAGUUUAAUCACCUUCAAAAAAGAAUCAGACGCGUUGCUGAUAAGUAUUUAUCUUCAUUUGUUGACAAGUUUCCACAUCUCUUAUGGAAUGGCAAAGUCCUUCAUUUUAUGUUGGAUCUGCUUCAGGAAUUGUCCAAGUGUCUAAACCAUCCAAAUGAAAACCAUCAGACAAUUGAGAUCAAUGUGCCCAGCUCUGUGCCGUUCAGUUUGAUUGUCCCAGAAGAGAUGGACGGUCGUGAAGGGACAGUCAGAGAUUUCGCAGCUCGUUGUAGUGGUAUAAUCAUGGAGGCGAUCAAAUGGGCGCCAGAGACGACAAGAUCACUACUGCAGGAUUAUUUCAUGAAGCUGGAGAAUGCGUCUCAGGGUGUGUCUUAUCACACUGGUCUGUCCCUUGCUACAGAGAAUGUGCUGCAAUACGCUGGAUUAAACCCUUCCUCUAUCGCUGUUAGUGGUGUGUUCCUGGAGAAACGACCAAACUGUGUGAAACAGGACAGCUCUCAGAUGGUGUCAGGUCUCACACUGAGGAGUAGAUACCUAGGAGAGAUUUUUGGAAUGAGGGAAUUACUGACUUGUCAGAGUCCUAAUAACCAAGAUGUGAAUGGUGCAUUAUCAACCAUGUUAAACAAGCAGUUAGUAGAGGCCAAGUCAAGUGACGAAUAUUCCUUUGUGGCAGCCAUGUUCAGAGCUUCCGCAUUUCUUGUCACUUCGAAAGGUGUUGAUCGUGAGUUGCUUCAUAAUGUAUGCUGGUGCCCAGCUGAUCUGUUCACUGAACUGUCCAUGUCUACUGCUGUGUCGUGCUGGGAGUGGAUCAUGGGAGCCAGGCAAGACUUGGAACUGCCUCUGUUGAGUAAAAUCAGCGCAGCUUGGCAGUGGACUGUUUGCCGUCGCAUUGGUUUAUUUGCGGCAGACUUGAAAGUCGAAAGUCCGCUAGCAGCUUUCUCUGACAGUAGAUCCCCACCCACACCCCCUAAUGUUGCUCCGCAUGACAUCUGGAUCAAGUUCCUGGCGCGAAGGUUUCAGGUCAUCAAAUACUACAGUUAUGACCAGGUAGAGAUAUUCGCCACAAUGCUCCAGCGUUGUCUUCCACUGUGCGUCGAAAAGAGGAAUGUUCUGUCUCGUCAUAUUGCCGCACUCAGAGCUCGGUUUAGACUUCUUCAUCUCGGCCUGUCCAUGCUACAGGGAGAGUUCUUAACCAACUCUGUCAUGAAAAAUGUUCUACGAGAGAGGAUAUACUACAACGCUUUGGACUAUUUUGGCAUUGAACCCAUGUGGCCUGUGAGUAAGGAUACAGAGCUACGUGAAGACGUUCAAGUGUUGAUCAAGUUCUGGCAGGCAAUGCAUUCCGACAAGAAGUACAUGAAGUUCUUCAUGUUAGCACCAGUACACGCUACUGGACUGUUGCCUCAAAGCUCUUCAGGAGGGUCUCAAUACACUAGUGGCUCAUCUGGGUUAGGGCCUUAUCUGCAGGGCAACCGCUGGAUGAAUACAAUACCGCUGUCCAGUAGUCUGUCUUCUCGGCGCUCAGCCACAGGGACGUCAACCGACAAAGAAGCCACAGGUAGCCAACAUAUACUGAAGGAUUACUUGAAGCGGCGUAACCUCAUUAUAGCUUUGAUACGCCGAGAGAUUGAACGGCUUUCCACUUGGCAUAAUCCCAUGGCUCGUCCAGAGCUCAGUUUUACUGGGGUGGAGUCGCUGGUGAACUGGGCUAAUCAGACAGUUUUUACCGAGAGGAUCUGGAGAGACCUGGUGAGGUUGGCCUGGCAUAUUUCACCGGAUAUCGCUGUAUUUCUACCUGCAAGGUUUAAAGAAAUAUCAGCAGUUCACAAAGAGGUCAGUCGGCUCGUCAGGAUCCACCCCACUGCUGUAGCAGAUUUACCUGAAGCGAUUCAGUAUCUCGUCACUGAAAAAAACAUCAAAGCCGAUAUCCCGGAGUUGACGCAUGUUCUGUGUUGGGCAGCCAUUCCUCCUGUCCAGGCUAUGGCGUACUUCUCACAACAGUACCCACCCCACCCCCUGACAGCACAGUAUGCGUUCCGUGUUCUCCAGUCCUUCCCGCCAGACGCCAUCUUGCUGUACAUUCCUCAGCUGGUACAGGCCACGCGCUAUGAUGCUCUGGGGUUCGUUAGUGAGUACAUUUUGUGGGCCGCCCAGCAUUCGCAGCUUCUCGCUCAUCAGCUGAUCUGGAACAUGAAAACGAACGUGUUCACGGACGAGGAAGCUCUCCACAAAGAUCCAGAAAUAGGCGCUCACUUAGAAAACCUGAUUGACCGGAUAAAAAACUCGUUAUCGGGAACAGCGCUUGAGUUCUACAAGAGGGAAUUUGACUUCUUCGAUAAAGUCACUUCAAUAUCAGGAACUAUAAGACCAUUCCCAAAAGGCCCUGAGCGAAAGCAAGCGUGUCUUGAAGCAUUAAGUAAGAUCCAGGCCCAGGAGGGCGUUUACCUUCCAAGCAACCCGGAGGCCCUGGUGCUGAGUAUUGAUUAUAACUCAGGAACUCCCAUGCAGAGUGCAGCCAAGGCACCAUUCCUCGCGCGGUUUAAAGUUAAACACUGUGGCAUUCAAGAAAUGGAGAACAUGAACACUUCCGAGGGUUUUUCGUCUUCAGACAGUGAAGGUGAAGAAGACAAAGCAAAGAUCUAUUGGCAAGCCGCCAUAUUCAAAGUUGGUGAUGACGUAAGACAGGAUAUGCUGGCCUUGCAAGUGAUCUCGCUGUUUAAAAACAUCUUCGAACAAGUUGGAUUGGAUGUUUAUCUCAAGCCUUAUCGAGUUGUGGCGACUGCGCCAGGGAACGGCGUUAUUGAAUGCGUACCCGAUUCCAAAUCACGGGACCAACUUGGCCGUCAAACCGAGGUGGACUUGUACGAGUAUUACCAGAAGACGUACGGUGAUGAAAGCUCCUCAGCUUUUCAACAGGCUCGAGCCAACUUUAUUAAAAGUAUGGCUGCUUACUCCAUUGUGAGCUUCUUGCUACAGAUAAAAGACAGACAUAAUGGGAACCUAAUGCUCAACAGAGCCGGACAUAUAAUACACAUAGAUUUUGGGUUCAUGUUUGAGUCGUCCCCGGGAGGCAACCUUGGUUUUGAGCCCGACAUGAAAUUGUCUCAUGAAAUGGUGAUGAUUAUGGGAGGAACAAUGGAGUCUCCUUCUUUCAGAUGGUUCAUGGAUCUCUGUGUGAAAGCCUAUCUCACAGUCAGACCUUACCAGGAAGCAAUCGUUUCCCUUGUAGCGCUGAUGUUGGACACUGGUCUGCCGUGUUUCCGGGGGGAGACACUUAAGAGACUCAGAGCGAGAUUUAGCCCGGCGCAGAGCGAGCGAGAAGCCGCCGCCUACAUGGCGAAGGUUAUCCGGGACUCCUACUUGAAUUACAGAACUCGAGUGUACGAUUUGAUUCAGUUGGCCCAGAAUCAGAUCCCGUGUUAGGCAAUCCCUUGUCUCCAGGACUUCGCUCGAAUGAAUCAGUGGUUUCCAGUGUCCGGUACUCGCUCAGAUCUUACUGGUCUCAAGUACCCGCUCGGAUCUCGUAGGUCUUCUCUGUCCAGUACUCGCUCGGAUCUCAUAGGUCUUCAGUGUCCAGUACUCACUCGGAUAUCAUAGGUCUUCAGUGUACUCACUCGGAACUUAUUGCUCUCCAGUACUCGCGCGGGUUUCAUUAGUUUCCAGUGCUCUCUCGGACCUAACUAGCCUCCACUAAUUGCUCGGCGUUUGUGAACAACUAGCUUGAUGCUCAUCGCCAGGCUUUGUCCAUAAUAUCAGCAUUCAAACUCUCCUUACUCCUUUCUGUGGUUAGCAUAGUACCAGUAAGGAGAGUUUGUAUCUGUUUAGAAGGAUUCCUCCCUAGUUGACCUGCAGUAUUCACUGUGUUAACACUGGAGAGGAUAAAUUAAAGGUUAACUGUUUGCGCUGACAAAAAAAAUGUGCUGUACAUAUGGAUGAUAAAUUAUCGAUAAGAUUCUGUUGAAAAUAUUGUAAAAAAGGUAUUGCUAUAAUAUAGUUAAAGAAGAAAACAAAAUUUUAGAGUUAAAAUUGUGAGGUUUUUUAUCAUUUCUUGCCCGUGGUGAAUUUUAUUCAGUAACUCUUCUCAGGGCUAAUUUUCUUGUUAUGAAGUUGACGUCUUUUAUCGAGCUUUUAUGUGAAAACGUUGUCCCCGCUGACUGUGGCAAAAAUUGACCCAGCCGGGAGGAAUUGGGGCAAGUUAAAACAAUCUUUGUAAACGCCUUCAACUUUAAGGUGUCUCGAUAAAGUUUUUUUCUGGACCAUUCCAGUUUCAAUUUUAAACAUUUUCAAUCAGCUUUUAAACAGUCUAUCCUCAUCGAAUCGAUAUGAAAAAUGAAACCAGUAAUUUGAAAUGGAUUGAAGUUUGGUUUAAUGUAUUUCUUAAGGCGAUCGAUAUUUCUAUGGAAACGAUAAACCAAUAAAAUAGGAAAUCGGUAAAACAUGAAUUGUGCGCGAACCAGACCACAUGUGAUAUGAUAAAAGCAGAUACCAGUGCCUUAAACUUUGGUGUAUGGCAAGUAGAAUAUACAAGAAUAAAGAAUUUCUGUAUGUUUGAUCUAGAGUAAAUCGCAAAAACAUUUCAAAUUAUACUUUCUGCUCUUUUAUUUAUAAAUAAAACU